AUUAGACUGGGGGGAGCGGGGCAAGGGUAUUGUACCCGAGCAGCGUGGCAGCCUCUUAAUUAUUCUUCAGUUUUUCAGCCUGUAUUUUUUUUAAAGCUAGAUUUCAGGGUUACAGAGGAAGCCUAGAAAAUGUUAAAUGAAUUGAUCUGUUGUAGAUGUGUUUGCCUGACUUUGAAACAGCUGUGAGGUCUGAAUUGAUUAAUUUACUUUAGUGGAUGUUAAUUCAGAAGCUAAUACUUUAAAUGUCAGCACUGGUGAGCAGGCAAGUUAAUGAACAAUGUAUAUAAAAACAAGAGAAGACCUGUCCUGUUAAGGUCUGAGCAGUUUGAGCUGAGUGAUUGCUCAGUUUGUAUAGGCUUUUAAAGAAAAAUGGCAAACUUGAAAUGAAUGUGAUUGCUAUAAUUUUUGUGAUGUGGGGAAUUCAUUUUGAAAAAGCUUGGGAAAUUGUUGCCUUACAGCCACAUCACCUUUUUGUAAGAGAAUCCUUUUAUCUCUAGCUGAAGUCCCAGAGGUAUCAGUGAGCUGACAGCAGCACUCAAAUGGCGAUAGAGGCUUUGAGAAUGUGGAAUUGGGAAUCAUAGGGAAGAAGAAGAAAAUUCCAAGAAGGGUAAUUCACUUUGCAAGUGGAGAAACUAUGGAAGAAUACAGCACAGACGAAGAAGAAGAUGAGCAAGAGAAAAAAGACCUCUUGCCUCCCAUUGAUCCUAGGCAGUAUUGCAAGGUUCGUCUCCCUGAUGUAUCUGCAGUUCUGCUGCCAGUUAAGUUGGCUGUUGCCAUGCUGAGCGUUUUGAAACUAUCAUUCCUCAUAACCAGCGGUUGUAUUGUUUUUGAGAGCUUAAGGAAGAUUUGGAAGAUCUUACUGUUUAAACUGAAGGACCAAGUAAGAUGGAAAGAAAAGCAGGAUUUUAACCCAAAUACAACGCUUACCUGGGGACCCUAUUUGUGGUUUCAGAUGUUAAGAGUUGCUACAUCAACCUUAUCAGUGUGUGAUUUCCUUGGGGAAAAGAUUGCAUCUGUUUUGGGGAUAAGUACACCAAAAUACCAGUAUGCCAUCGAUGAGUAUUACAGGAUGAAGAAGGAGGAGGAAGAGGAGGAGGAGGAGAACAAAAUGUCAGAAGAAGCAGAGAGACGUUAUCAAGAUCAGCAGAACAAGUCACAGGAUGAGACGCCUGUCCAGACAGAUCAGCCUGAGGCAACGUCAUGUAGCUCAUUUGUGAACCUCAAUUUUGAAACUGAGGGAGACUGCCAAUCUAUUGUGGAAAGUAAACAGGACUUAACUCCUGUCCCUACUUAAAACAUAUGUCUCCUAUGUAAUGUAAAAUGUCCAGUUUUUUAAACUGGCAAUAAAGAUGUUGGAAAAUUCUUUCUAUACUUGUUCAUAGGAACAAACUCUUAAAGCUCAUAGUGGUCAGGAGAGAGCCAAGUAAUGUCUGUUCAGUCCAUAUCCGUCUAAUGAAAGUCUGCCAAACUGACCUGUAUAUUGAAACUGGUGGACUACAAAACAUCCAAUCCAAAUUGAAAGGCAGUGCUCUGAUCUUCCAUUCAGCAGGUAAAAAUGUCUCUAGUGUUUUCACGGAGCAUGUAGUGCACCUAGUAUUUUCACUGAGCAUGUAGUGCACCUCUGACACCUGUGGAUUGAAGACAGAAUACUAUUUUUUACCUUUUUUAAUAGCCUGUUUUGUACUUAUACAAUAUUGUUGAAACUUAGUUCUCUAAGAAUAGAUUGUCUGACUAAUUGGAACUGAUUGCCUAUAGCUUCGCAAGGUAUCUUAAUGACUUCCAAAUUCACACUUUCCCUAUUUAUUGUCACCAUUUAAUGUAUUUAUUUCUUAGUCACAAGCUUUAAACUAAAGGUGGCUCCACAUGUGCCUGAUGAAAAAAACUGCCUCUUAUAAAAGGAGGUUGUAAGCUCUAUUCAGAACUUGCUCAGCUAACUCUGCAUCAGCCAUGGAGGUAAGCAGUGCUCAGAUUAAUUCUGUUGCCUGGUAAAGAACAGUACAUACUAGCAUCAGCUGUGUAAAGCACAUUCUCACUGUUCAUAAGGAAGAGGUUUAAUAGACAGUCAAAUACAUAGUCUCAAUAGGCUCUAAUAAUGGUUCUAGGAAGUAAAUUGAGAUUGGACUCCUGGGCUUGAAUUAAAAGCUGCAAUUGUCAAAAAUUGUUUUGAAGACAUUCUGUGUAAAGUAUUUACCUAUACCUAAAGUGUGCUAUUUGACUAAUUUUGGUCUACUGGAGACUCAGUAAGGGGUGACUUCUUAAGGCACUGCUUAAAUGAUGCUGUAAAUUCUCUACAUUGUUACCUGAAUAGAAUAUUUGCAUGUCAUGAAAAAUAGCUUAGUGAGGAAUUCAUUUUUGUAACCAUUUUCUUUCAAGUAUUAAAAAAAGAAGAAGAAAAUCAAAGAAAAUACAGGCUUAUUUUCAAUAUUAGUAAUGGCUUCCAUAAAAAAAACCCCCAAACCUGACUAUUAGUCAAGAAUUAAGAUUAUUUUGAAAGGAUUUCAGGGGAGAGGAUUUAUUAUAAAAGCUAUUUAAGUGAGAUUAGGACAAGGCCUGUCUUAACAUUUCCAAUUUUACAAUUUUGUAUUGGAAAUGCUCCUGUUUCAAAAACUAGAUGUAAAUAACAAAUAAGGGGAGAACAGUUACCUACAGUAAUCAUCUUUCCAUCCCAGCUUAUAAGAGAAACAGUUUAUGUCAGGACAAUCAGAUGUGACUGCUUUAGGAGGGCUCUCAGACAUCAUCACUGCAAAAUGUUCAUAAAAAGUAUCCCGUGUGGUCUAUACUCUUCCACUAAUUUUGUCAUGUGACUAAAAAUUAAUUUAAAUGAAAACCUCCUAGUCUUUAUUCAGGUUUCCUAAAGCUUAGGACACUCUUAGGACACUUGAGUAAGAAUUAAUGCUCUGUAUGCUCUGCAUCUUAGCAGUAUGGUCUAGAUGGAGUUGACAACUUAUUUUCGACUCCCUGGUCCCUAGAGGCUUCCAUAACCUGUGCCAGUCUCCCUUGGCUAUGGUACUGUAAGCAACUCCUGUACACCCACUUUAUCUGAGAUUCCAUAACUGCCUGAGGCAGCUCUAGAGUUUUUGCGCACCUUAUGUCUUUUCUGGUCCUUUUAUACUAUUCCAGCAGCCUAAAGGGGCUGAGAGUGGAAGAGUACCUCUCCUUGUAUUCUAACCAGCAAACCUGUUGCCUUGAGGCCCUGUUUGUUCUCUCUCAAAUUUUGACUAAAUUGGAUGCUGCUGGUUUGUUAACUGUUACUCUUUGGCAGUGAACAUGUGCAAGAAACAUCCAGUCAGCUAUGGACGGGGGGAAAAACCCACCUUAGAAACAGAUGGGGGAGGGACAGAAAAACUGAAUAGAGCUUAAGUUGUCAAAGUGGUAUCUUCUAAGGGCAAAGGCCCAUAGUACUUCUGUAAAUAAGAUCUGCUGCUGAGGGAGAAGCUGUGUUGAGCCUUUUCUGCCAGGAACGUAUCAAUAUCAACUGCACUACUGUCAGUUUUCUUGUACUUUCUGUUGCAUUGACCAGGGAAUGCUCUCACUGCCAUGAGUUAAACUUAUUUGUAUGAAAUGGUGUAUGAUUCACUAUGCCUUAAUACCUAAAUCCUUCCUUCAGUUUAUGUAAACUGUAUAAAAGUGGUUACUUUAACUUCUGUAAAUGCAUUAAAUUACUGGUUAUUUUAUAUUUAAUAUAA